AUGGACCUGCAGGUGCUGACCGCUGAAGACGGGUCACAGCAGCAGCCGCGGGCCCUGUUUCGCACCCCGGCCCGGCACGAAGCUGAAUUUGCCUCGUUCGUCUCUGGCCUCGCUACCGUCCGGCCGGAGGAGCCCGAGGACGCAAAGCGGAGCGCCUCGGCCGAGUUCCCUGGGCAAACGGCCGCCACAGCCGGGAGCAGGGACCCCGAUGAGGGGCCCCCCGAGCGCCCCCCGAGUGUGGGCGGAGACCUCCUGCAGCCCCGGGCUGUGCGCCGUCAGCCCAGCGCCAGCCUGCUGACUGGGCAGCCGGGCCCCCGGCCCAGGCCGGUGCCGGGCGCCUCCUACCGCAGCCGACUGGGCGAGCAGCUCUUCGGCGAGGGCCUCUGCGCGCACCGGCUGCCGCCCCUCCCGGCCUCCGCCCUCAGCCCCUGCUGCCGUCCACCCCUCUUCCGCAGCGCCCCGGACUCGGGUGUCUCCGAGGUCCACUCUGACGGGGACAAGUUCCUCAUCUUCCUGGAUGUGAAGCACUUCUUCCCCGAGGACCUCGUGGUCAAGGUGCUGGGGGACUUCGUGGAGAUCCACGGGAAGCACCAUGAGCGGCAGGUGGGUGGAUGGCAGUGGGCAGCGGGCGGUGGCAGGCCGCAGAGGGCAGCAGGCAGCAGUAGGCAGUGGACGGAAGGAAGAGGGAGCUCGCCGGCGCGAGGGCUCUGGGAGCCGGUCUCGCCCAGCUCGCUCGGUGAAUCGCUGGCCGCAGACACAUCCGCCUCGGAGCGCCAUGGGCGGGGACACAGCCUGGACGCGGCGGCUGUGCCCCCGGCUGGUGACUUGGAGCUAGCGAGACGGGCAGCUCUGGCAGGGAUGCUGGAGACACUCCACAACGCCCCCCAGGCGAGGCCCCUGGGGGCACGGGGCGGCAAGGGCAGCGGGGGCAGCGGGCGUCCCGGAGGGCCACACCGCCGGGGCCGGGCCGCCGGCCUCCUUCCCUGCAGGUGGUCAGCGCGGCAGGAUCACGGUCUGAGCGCCCUGGGCGGCAAGGGCAGCGGGGACGGGCGGCCUCAGGAACUGGUGGAGGAGCUUGAAAGUGACCGUCGGAGGGGUUGGCCUACGCACCCUCGCCCGGACGCUCCAGCCAGCCUUCCCCGGCGCGCAGGGCGGUGUCCGGCCGGGCCCGCGGAGCAGGGUGGACGGGAGCCCGCGCGCCAGGAGAUGAGCGAGCCCGACGGCGUGGGCGCGUUCCCUUGGGGUUAA